AUGACCAAUCCUACCAGAUAUCCCAGCCAUCUAUUCGAGUAUGUAUGGCCCUGUGGACACCACGAAAAUGUUUCGAUCGAAGAAGCGCCCGGCAUGACGUUGGUACGUGGGCAACUGACACUGCCGGUGGCCAAACAACCGGAAGACUUCACGGAGGAGGAGCGGAUAGGGAUCCCGGGACGCCGCAAGUGCUGCCAGUGCUGGGCGACAUGCAGCCUGUUCAAGCGGCUUGAUGCAUGCGAGGAGUGCGAGCAUCUUUUCAAUGGGUGCUCUACAUGCAUGAUUGUGGAUUCUUCGGGAUGUCGGGAGAUUGCCACAGUCGAGGGUCGUGUCGUCGGCGAAUUUGAUCAGACUCCUGAGUUUUGGCGGUGCAAUGAGUGCGAGAAUCUCAACAGCUUUGGGAACGAAGGACCUUUUAAUGGGUUCAUUGCUCCAAAGUUUGCUGAUUAUUUGGACGAGACCCGAUGCCAGAACUGUCAGGCCCGGUUCAGUGAGGAUCACUGGGUUAUCAGUCCGUUUUGGAUAUACCUAGGGACUUGGAACGGGAGGGUGGUGGCAAAGGGAGGCCCGUGGUAUUGGAGCCUCGAGUGGCAUCGCAACUUUGCGCCCGCGGACCACUCUAAGGAGAACUGUUACUCGACAAGGAAGAACGGGAGGAAGAGGAGAGAGAACCCAUGCAUUGCGAAAGAAGAGUUAUCCAAACCACAUGUGGAAAAGAAGAGUUUCGUUAUUCCGACACUGGUCGUUCAGACAGACGACAAUGUCUCUCUUCCCCCACUGUCUUCUGGCCUGACGCCGUAUGCUGUAGACGACCACGACAGGCCUGGACCCAAGGAACGGCUGGGUCCUCCCUCUUUUGAAGGCCACAUGCUAACUAUUGAUAAUCAGACUUCUAACUCUGCAGUUUUUACCAUCGCGGAUUACCAAGAUGAAGACCCCGAAGGACAAAGCAUUUACGGCCAGGAAAAAGAUCGGCUUCAAAUUCCAGAAGAUGACCAUCAGACCGUUGAUAUUGGCUCGUAUUAUGAUGCACCUAGCGUGUAUGACCAGCAAUCCGAAGAAAGAGACUGCAAAGAGGGAGACGGCUCUGGAGAGGAGUGGUUUGUUGACCACACUCAAUAUACAGUGGUGCAUAACACCUACGCUGUCCUCGCCACAGACGCAGCAGCUCCUUUCAAUCCCCCUGGUAUGACCCAUGACAUGUUGUGGGAUGAGAGAGAUGAGGAUGACGAUGUCCCAUUCUCAAGGAAAACCAAUUGCGAGGAAAGUGCUGAGAAAAGUGAAGCCGAGAUUGAGGCUACCUUACCAGAGGGCCAAGGCCAAGAAUUAAACCCUGCUGCAAUCCUGGAAGAAGAGUUUUUCGAUGCUCAGCUAGGUGAGAAAGAUGCGGAUGAGUGCCUAGAAGAAAUCAAUCCUGAUGGCUGCGGCACCGAACGGAACAUUCACGAAGAACAAUUUAAUGAAGAAGUCGAGAGGGACAUGGAACAAGAUGAAGGACUGACUGGAGAUCCCGGUGAUAUGUUCGAUGAUGGGGAAGGCGAAGAGGAAAUUGUCCUUGAAAAUGAAGGGUUCAUCAAUAAUGACCAAAUCGCGGAUUACAAUCCCGGGGAGAACGCCUGUAAUGGCAACCCUGCCGAAGAGGGUGUCAUCGAACUGGAACCGCUUUAUGAAAUGCAAUCUGACGAUCCGAUUGGGGAGACCCUGCCAGAAGGGGAGAAGAACCUACUCGAGGGGGAGGAAAGUCCUGAUGUGGAAGUUGAACCAUUGAUGAACGAGCUCGCGGAACAAAUUGAGGAACUUCUUCAGCCAGAACUUGCUGAGGAUGAGUUACUCGAACAUGAAGACGUGGACCGUGGCGUUGACUCUGCACAGGUGGAGGAACAAGACUUGUCGGAGAACGGAGAACUGAUGGAAGAUGGCCUGCUUCUGGAGGAAGAGGUUUUUGAUGAAGGCUCUCCUGGAGAAAGGGGGAUCCUUGACGAAGAGUUGCCUCGGGAAGAAGAAAUCUUCGGCGAAGUUCCUACAGGACAAGGCGAGUUCGUUGGUCAGGAGGUGAUUGAAGAGGAGGGCGAGGUCAUAGAUGACGCUCCUCUCGAAGAAAAUGAAGGUGUUGGGGAAGAGUUACCCCAGGAUGAACAGGUCCUCGACGCUGCCUCCCCUGAAGAGGGAGAGAUCGUGGAUGAGGAAGCUCCCCGGGAGGAGCAGGUCCCUGGUGAUGAUAACUUUGACGGAGAGGAAAUUAUUGGUGAGGAGGUCUCUCAAGAGAGAGGGCUGACUGGAGAGGAGUUCCCUCAGGAAGACUUCUUGGAGGAGGGUGUUCCAGAAGAAGGUAGCCCCAGGGAAGUUGAGUAUCUUGACGAAAAUGACGUUCCAGCAGACAUUUUCCCGGACGAUGGGUUUGCCGAAGAAAGGAAAAUGAGAGAAGAGCCUCUCCUAGAAGAGGAACAGAUUGUCGACCGCGAUCUUCCAGAGGAGGGGAAUGUUACUAAUAUGGAUGAAAUAUGGGAUAGAAACAUGGGCCAUCUGGCUGCCAGACCGGAAGAAGGCAUCAUCCAGGCAGAACCAGCCUUAGUAGAGCAAGAUGGACUAGAGCCUUACAAACCUCUCGAAGACGAUGCUGUGGUCGAUAAUACCUCUUCCCCGCAAAACGAAACGUGGUUGGAAUGCAAACCUCUUCCUGAUACCCGGGUCCUUGAGGAGGACGUUUUCACGCUCUGUGAACCAAACAUGGAAGGUGAAGGAUCAAACGGCUGCGACCCUCCGGUGGACAAUGAGACGCAUCGAGAAGGCGAAUUGAUGGGAAGAUUGGAUGAUGAGUUUAUAGCAGAGGACGAAAUUGCGUCGGACGAGGAACGUGCUCACCAUGACGAAGCUCCCCUAGAGGGUGGUACUUCACAUGUGGAUGAAGCCAUAUCUGAGGGAGAAAGUAGUUUUCCUGUCGAUGCACGAGCUGGACCACAGGGCGACGUUCCACCUAAGCUGGAAGAAUCCACCCAAGAGGUCGCUUCUCCUGCAAAUGAAGCUAGCCCAAACGCUCUAACUGCGCCAGGUUUCGAGGAGGAUGUUGAAUUAGAAGGAGAGUCUGCUGCCAAAGACAGCCCAGAAGAAGUUUGCCCCACUAAUCGAGCCGAACAAAGCGCUGAGGAUGAGGGCAAGCCAAAGCCGGAAGCUUCUCUUCCCGGUGACAAUGAUAUCAAUGAGGCUGGCCCCUCUUAUGAAGAUGAGGCUCCGAACGAGAACGAAGGCAUCCAGGGAAGAGAAUCUCCGGUAGUUACUGACCCCGAAUUCGACAAUUUCUACACAGAAUUUUCUGAGGGUCGGGGUUCCGAAGGAGAGUUUCCACACAGCCAGCGUAGAGGUGCUGAGCCUAAUGAGGAAUACAAAACGGAUGAUCUCAUCGAUGGUCACACUGAGGAGGAGACGGGUGGGGUAGUUGACUUCGAGCAGGCCAGAGCAGACUCUUUGCAAACUGCAGACGAGCAGUUCGAAAAGGCCGAGAAUUGUGAUGACCAAUCGUUGCCUUCCGACGACGCAGUUCGCAUCGAUGACUUAGCGCAACAGGACUUGCCUUCGUGUGACGAAGACACAUCUAUUGACUCGAUGCCCGGAGAUUUCGAGCUUUUCGUUGAAGAGCCCGGAUCUCUUGAUAGAUGGCCAGAGCAGCGGAAAAGAAUGGUCAAGGAACAGUUCAAGUGUAUCCAGCCCAUUGAGAAGGAGGAACCACCAACUGACGAUCCACCUGCGGAGGAAGUGGCCGAUGUCGAACAAAAGCCUCAUCCAUCAAUGGACGCUGAUUUCGACGAUCCCGUUGCGGAGAAUCCUCCUUUCAAUCAAAGCCUCAUUCUGAGUGAAGGGCCAAAUCUAUGUUGGCCAGAUCAGGGAUCUCCUAUUCCAGAGGAGCGCCCAAACCAACUGGAAGGUUCUGAUGGCCUAGCCUUGGCAGAUCAUGGAUCGGAAGGUUUCUUUUAUAAACAUGCCGAAGGUGAGGAAGCCUUUGAUGACGAACCUGAACUCAUGUGCCCUUCGGAUGAUGGUGCUUCUGGCAGAGUAGGGCGGCGGGAGGAAGCUUCGUUGGACGAGUCGUACGAAGAAGAAGCAAACGCCAGAAUGGAAUCUCCAAGUCAAGGGCUCCGAGAAGAUCCUCCUGACGAACACUCCUCCAGCUGCGAUGGAUACGUUCCACCUUCACCAACUGGGGUUGCCGAAACGGCUUUGGAGGCUCCAGACGUUGGUGAAGUGGGUAUCUGCGAAGAGAUUGCUCCAGAUAACGUGCCAUUGGAGGAGAACUUCGACAGAGAAUCUCACCUAAACAACCCUCUUAAUGAGAGUGGCAACGAAUAUCUUCCAUAUGAUGAGAUAGCAGGUUCUGGCGAUAAACUUCCCCCACUGCUAAAAGAUCGGCCGAGGGAAUGGUGUCUAAGGAGGCAAAGUGAACAACAGUCUAAGGAACCUCUUUUAAUGGAGCGAUUUGAAGAAGGUUCAACAACUUCAGAGGAAUACCACGACGGCGAUAGUGAUCAUGGACCUUUGGAACUGGGUCUUCUAGCCGACGAACGUUCCAAUUGGGAGCCUGAGAGCAGCCUUGACAAUGACAGAGGGUCGGAAGAGCGCCCUGUUACACCGCAAUCUCUGACCCCUCAGGUACCUGCUAACGAGGAUGAAUCUCGGCUUGAAGAUGAGCCUUUCGAAGAUAACCACCUAGAUGACCGUCAGCCAACAGAUUUCGAGAAGAACUUCUUUAAUGGCAGACGACACUCGACCUUCGGCGAGAACGAUGAGCAAUCAGGCUCUGAAAACUCCCUUAGUAAACUCUCUGUCAAUGAGCUCGACUCUGCCCAAUAUAGCUAUCCCGAGGACUCUCAGCUACAUCAGGAUCAACAGAACUGGAUUGGACAAAAAAGGGGACGGUUCAACACCAAGACUGCGGACAGCCCAACUGAUCCCCAUACCUACCAGGGCCUCUUCCAUCCUCAUCCUGGUGUAAGAGUGUCUGAGAUGCAGUUCGACACGCAAUCACCGUCUGGACGAUCAUUUGAUCACGACGACCAGUCCGACGUGGAUCACGAAGGAGAGAACCGACAGGAUGUGCAAGCAGAGGAUGAUGCUUCCGAUGCGGGCGGGGAUACAUUGCCAGAAUUCCCCACUCCACAACACUGCAGAUUGUCCCGAGAUAAUCAAAUCCCCUCACCUGCGCCACUGAGUACAAAAGAGCCCAGGUUAUAUCACCCACGUUACGAGAGGGCUCAUGAUAAGUAUUAUGAUCCAGACGACAUACGUUCCGAUCUUCCAGAGACCCCGUGCCACCAUGAUGUCUGGCCAGAUGCAGCGGUGCCGUACCCACGUCAUCAACCUCACGUUGAAGAGCAGCCAAAACCAAGGCACAAUAACGAGGUCAAAGACAACAGGUACUCGUGGUUGCUCCCACUUAUGGCAAUAGCCACAUUGGGAUGGGGCAUGGGGAAUUUGGAGCAGCAGUACCGCGUAGGAGUUCGAAAAGAGCCGAGGUGCAGCAUCAGAGCACUUGUCUCUGAACUCUUGGGAGGAAAGAAAAGGAAAGGUAACGUCAAUACGGUGCUCUCUUGCGUGCAAAUGGACGAAACUAUCGCCAGAGAGACCAAGGCGCAGACACAAAAAGUAAGAACAUGCUUAUCAGGGUCGCGACAAGGGUUGAGCAAUGGCCUAUUGCUCCGUAAUGAUGACAAAAGAAGACGAGGCUUCUGGUCAAUCCUCCCUGGCAGGAAGAAGGUCAAACAAUCUGAUCUCGAAGCGCAAACUCAUCCGCUGAUAGGCGAGCAGCUCGCUCCAAAUAAUGAGACGCCUCAAUACUUGUCUCCGGUCAACCAUACUCCCACUUGGGACCAAUCUCAUGGUUUCCCUAAUGAGCCGUUGGGUAAUGGGCGAACAAAACGCGAUCCCGUGGGUGUAGUAAGCUCACAAGAAGAGGCCACAGAUGGUACUUGCUUUGACAGGUCCAGACGGAGGAAGAAAGCCGAACAGGGAGGAUUUUUAGCACGCCUGUUUGGGUGUCCGAGAAAGUCUCGCGAUCCGAUUGAUGAUCUCGGGUCGGCUGAGGAUAAGUCGAUCGUGGAGCAAUUCCCCGAUGUUGAGAUCGACAACAAGACAAGUGGUGCUGAUAGACGGGGAUUCUUCGCCAGAUUAUUCGGUUGGAAGUCCAGAGUGCAAAAUUCCGACGAGCCUCUGAUGAAAAAUGAUGGUUGCAACGAAAGAACAACCGGUAACAGUGAUUUACUCAACCGUGAGUGUGAAUCACAUCCAAAGAAGGGCUUCUUCGCGCGGCUGUUCUACCUUCGUCGAACAUCCAGACGAACCCCAGUCAGCGAAGACAUUGAGCUGGGGAAUAUAGCUAGCAGUCAUUCAGAUUUGCCCCGUCCAGGGCGCGUCAAGACUGGCAGUCCGCAACUGGUGCAACGGAAAGACUCUCGCCAGUCUACCAUCGCGACACUCGUAGACGAGUAUAACGCUGAGCAGCGCCGGAGACAGUUGCUGCAGGAAGAGAGCCUCGGGAAGCACAAAGACAAGAACACGAGUGCCAAGAGCAGUAGGGGUAAGCGUACGGUUAAGGGGAAAGCACAAGAGGACAAGAGGAGGAGUAAAAUCAAGGGUGCGCAAGUCUUGGAGAAUAACUUGCCAAAGCCUAAGCCAGCCAGAAGGGAAACGGGAAAGAGAGUAAGCUCGCCAGGAACUGAGGCGGAGAGUGGUGACAACGCUGCCAAUAAGUAUCGAGAGGCUUUCCAUGGAUCCAUCAUUGUACGGACUCCAAAUGCGGGGGGCAAGGACACCUGUUCGACGGUCCCGAGAGAUGCCAAGGCCAAGACCCAAGACCAAACACAGCCUUACGAUCCGCCUGAGAGAGACACAGCCACAGUCAGCAACCAAUACCAAGCUUUUAAAGCCAUGUUACAUAUUGUUGCUGCGACAUCAAGCACAUUCAGACGUGUCCUGCCCGGCCUGGUACCCAGUUACCGCGCCUCGAACCGACAUGUCGCUUCGUCGUCGCUGAGACCAGGUGGAGGGUCCUCCCAUACCAAUUCGAUGGCCGACCUCCCACCACGCUUCCUCACCGACCUUGAGGACUCUCUCCUCACCCCCUCCCAAGUCUCCUUCAUCUCCCGCUCCUCCAGCCGACAAGAUGUCGAAGUAGCUUCCACCAAUGGCAGCACACGAAGAUGGGACGACCCGCCCGAGCAAGAACCCGUCUCCCCCACGGACUUCGUUCAGUCCAUCGUGAUCCGUUUCAUCAUGCGCAUCUCGCGUGCCCCCCUCGCUACCGUUUUUGCUGCUGAAAUCACUCACGUCACCUUCACCCCGCUCGACACCCACAUCACCACGGUCGUGCAAAAGUCCUCUCUCCAAAAGCUGAUCACUCCCGCGGGACCCAUGACCCUCGCCACGUUCCAUGCGGAUUCCGGCGCCCGUCUUCCGAAUCCGGUGAUUGCUUAUCGCAACUGGGGCGACGACCAGGUUAGCGUGAAUGGCGCCCCGGCUUUCAUGCCGCUGUCGGCUGCGGGCGCCAGCCUGAUUGUUGCGUGCGCGUUUUAUAUGAUUGAGCCGCAUAUGGAGAGAACCGGGCUCGGCAGGCUACCGCCGUUGUGUCCGUGGGUCGAGGUGUUUGACCUGACAGAGGGGAAGAGGGAGAGGUUGGUGAAGUGGGCUGAGGCACCGAUUCGUGCGCCGCUGGCGUGGUGUGGCGAUGGGAGGUACCUUGCGGGCGUGUCGGUGCGGGACCCAAGACGAGUAGUGGUCACUAGCAUUUCGUUUCGUGCUGGGGCUUCGGGAAAGAGGAAGGAUUUGGGGACUGGGAAGAUUGAGUUUAUGUUCAGUCGACAUGAUGAUGAGGUACUGCAUUUAGCGUGGUUGCCAAUCGGGGCCAAGGGGGACGGGAGAUGGAUGGCGGCGGGGACGAAGGCGCUGGUUACGGUUGGGAAAGAUGGGUUUGUCAGGAUCACGGAUGCUCUAACGGGAAAGACGCUCAAGAAGCUCGAAGUUGGUGCCAGGUCGCCGCCAAGCAUGCUGCAAGUUUCACCUGCGGGCGAUAUGGUUGUUACAGUGUGGGGAAGGGACGUGAUUCUGUGGUAUCUGGAUGAGAACAGGGUACAUCGGCACAGCUUGAACGACACCCGGUUAACCGAGGGCUGGCCGCUGUGUAUCUCGCCCGACUGCAGAUACCUUGCAUGCCAGACAGAGGACGGCUUCGAUAUCUGCGAUCUGGAGACGGGCAAGUUCAGGGGUGAGUACGCGCGCAGGGAUUUGCCCCAGGUGACAGCUGCCGCUUUUGAUAACUCAGGAACUCGGAUUGUCGUGGCCACGUUGUCAGGAUCGGUGGAGUUCUUCCGGUUGGUCUCAUGA